GAACCGCUCCUGCUUCGGCUGCCGUAAAUGGAGUAAAAUCGACGUAAAAAACAAACGACGAAGACGUUCAUUGUGAGAACAGACGGAGCCGCAGCGAACUGUCCGUGUCCUGAAAUAUCCAGAACCGGAGAUAAAACUGUGAGAGGAGGUUGGUAAUGAGCUGCAGUGUUGUGUAAGGUAUAACAAUAAACGAAAAGUUGUCGCAUUUUUUCAUAAUUUGUCGUUGUGUUCUGCAACGAUAGCCGAACCGUUUCAAUGUAGCAGCUACGAAGCUAACAGACGACGUCGAGCUAACGCCAACCACACCAACACUGUGCUUAAAUAUACACUUAUACGAAGCUGAGUUGUAUUUACGAGAGAACUGUGUGUUUUUAUAUCUGUAUUUAGAAUUUAAAGACAAAUUUGACCCGGUAUGUGAACAUUCAGGUGCUCUAACGGUGAUAACGUUACGCCAUUUUCCUGCCUCGAGAACAACAUACCGCUCGUGGGUCCAUGCGCUGUAAACACAAAACCUUCUGAUUUUAUUGUGUUUUAAGAGAAAAUUAAUAAGUUAAUAACAUCGAGGAAUAUCUAAUCCACGUUUGGGUAUUUUGUACUCUUAAUGUACGUCGAAAUGGACAGAAGUAAACCGACGUCUUCGUUUAAACGUGAAUCAAACGUCUGUGAUUUCACCACUAAAACUGCACUGUAAUAUAAAGUAGUUUAAUUUUCAUUCCAAACACUGACUUUCUAACGUAACCAGUGAGGUUUUGCUCAUAUUUUCAGGUACCAAUGAGGGUCAUCAAUCAACUUUAGUCGUUAAGUUUUAUAGCCGAAGUAUUAACGCAUGCGCAGUUUUUACUUCGCGUCUGUGGCUUGAAUGAAAAUUAAAGAUAAUAUGGAGACCUGGAAUGUAACGAUAUGAAAAUUUAACAUCACAAUUAUUGUGACCAAAAUUAUCACGGUUAUCAAUAAUAUCAAUGUAUUCUUAAAAAAAUAUGCUCAAAAUGUUUAAAAAGUACUUAAACAUGCUCUGAAAUAAUUUAACAAAGUUUAAUUCUGAAAAAACAAUCAGAAUAAUACGCAGAAUGAACUUUUCCUUAACCUUAAAUAACAGAGGAACGAUAAACACGGUUUUAACAGUAAUUAAUAUUUGAAACGGUAGUACGAACCGUCAGACAUUUUACCGCGGUUUAUCAUUUUACUGGUAAUCGUUUCAUCCCUAGUGGAGACUUCUUUUUAUCACAACACUUAAACAGCAUGCGUUGAAAGUAAGCCCACACACGGGAUUACAACUACUUACAGAAAAUAACUUUGAACUGUUUCCAUCACAGCUGUGAUUUCUGGACUUAACUUACCUAAAAAAUAAUGAAUUUAUUCAAAUAAGAUAAACUGUUUCCAGACACUUGGAUUUCAUAUUUAAUUUCACUUCAACCUAUUUCUGUUCAAACAUCAGGAGACUACCUGAAAAGUAACUACAACAAUGUUUAAUGUAUAUUAGAGCUACCUCACUACCUGAAUCUGCACUGGACUGCAAUUUACUACUUCAACCACUACUAAGCUUGUUCAUUUUUUCCUUUCAACCUUCUUUUCAGAUACCGUGGAGUUUGCGUAGUAUGUGGACAUAAAGUCAGAGUCAUCCAGGUUCAAGUUAAGGUAUGUAAGAGUUUUGCUCUUCCCAAAAUCUCAUGUGUAUUGCAUUCAGCUAUGACUAAAUAACACAAAAUCCUCUACAUUUACACGUCAAUCACUAAGAUAUGUGUGUUUGUAUUGAUGAAUUCUACAGAGGUUCUUUCUUUACAUCAGUUUGUUUUUUUGUGCCACCUCUGAAACAUGAGGACAUUUUUCUGCUGGGCAUUUUACAAAUAUUGAUUUUUCUGAAGGAAAGGACCUUAAAUUUGUCCGUUCUCAAGCUGAGCACUAGGAAAUCGAUUUCAGCGGUGCGAAUUUCGCCGAUUUCUUGCGCUAUUUUAAGAGAAGAAGAUGAUUUGAACAAAAACUUCAUCUGGGCGUUGUGAUUUUGGCUCAGCUCUGCUCUACAGACUUCUGAAUGUCGAUUUCCAAAUACUUUAAAAAUAUUUAUUUUCUGCACUGAGGCGCUGAACCGUUUCACACAGAGAAAAGAUUGAUGUUGCGGUCCUUAACAUAUGAGACAAGAUAUUUCGAUGUCUGUCUCGGGGAUUGCUAAAAUAUGAUUGAUGGAGAGUCAAUUCAAAAUGUGGGGACAUCAUGACAUUACACCUUCUCACGCUCCACCGUUGCGGCUGUGCGAAUUUCUCACAACAACCGCGGUUCAAUUUUCCAAUUUCUUUUCCACCAAAUGCUCGGAGGUUCAUUUUGCAUAUUGGAAAGUGUGAUCUUGGUGUCGUCUAACCAUAUUUUAUGAAUUUUCUUACGCACAAAACCUUAAAAAUGUUGUUUUUACUUCUCUGGUAGAAGCACUCAAAUGUUGACAUGUUUUUCAUCAUGGAAAUGAUCGACACAAUCCUUUAUUUGGUCUAGUUCCUCCAUACAUAGAAAAAUAUAUAGCGGGAAUAUAUCCUGCUGAAUUUCCAGUGAUAAUCCAAACACUGUGGAUUAUCACUGGAAAUCUCAGUCUGAGGAUCCAGGGUUGAGAUAGAGAGAUUUGAUGUAUUGGUCCCCUUGGGGAAAUUCAUCUUUACUGACUGUACGUUAUAGGAAGGACAACGACAUUGCACAUUACAAACAGUAAGGACAGACAAAAAUGACAAUAGUUAAUCAAAAUGAUUUAUUGAUUCUUGAGCUCUUUAAGCAGCUAUUCCCGUGUUUUCAGGUACACUGACAACAAUUUCUUUGGCUGAGUGGGAUUUUUUCUUGAGGUCAGACACCGAUUUAUUAACUGUAUUUGACAGUUAAUGCAAACAUUUUUUGUCUAAUGUCAGACAUUCACUGUUCUAGACCUACAUAAUUAGAGUGUGAAACCCUUUAUUCAAGCAACCAAGAGUAUUACAGGGAAAACUGAUCAGCAAUACCUUCAAUAUCCUCUUCUCAUCCAGGCUUAAUGAAACCAGUCUCAUAUAAACGAGUCCUCUGUGGGCUCUUAAGCGUUUCGGUAUCGGACAUAAAAUUCAUCUUCCUGACAGUCUGUUAUUUUUCUUCAUUUUUAGUAUAUUUGUGAGUGUCUGUGUUACAAUCGUUCUGAAAAAUUUCGCCCAAGAGCGUCACUCCCCUGGAUCAGCUAAAUUUGAGAGGACCGCUCGGUUACUGAUCAUGGCUGAACAGGCUGACAAUCAGCCGCUCGGUCAGUGCACCUCCACAUUUCAGCACAGACUUAGAUUUUAAUCUGUGAUGCCCACACACCAAAAUGACCGGGAACUUAAAUGUGUUUUACUUUAAAAUCAAGGAUUUGGAGGAAUUUCGGACGUAAAGAGCGCUAUUUUAUCCAGUAUGAAUAUCUUCUACAUUUCAAAGCUAAUUUUCUGCAGCAUCCCUACUUUCUGACCUUUUGUUUGACUUACAUGUGCAUUUUCCUAAAAAAUUUUUAUCCUCCCAAGGAAUUUCAUCUCUUCUCUUAACUCACUGACAUUUUUCAGGAUCGUGGACAGCGAUUUACAGACACUUAUUCGAAAAACACACCGAUCUUUUCGAAGCAUUUAAGGCGAACGAAGAAAGAAACGAGUUUACCUUUGGGAUCCAGUCAUGUCUCGCCGACGAAGCCACAGCCCCCCUCCAGGGCGUUACUCACGCUCCUGCAGCAGUAACGAUCCCAGAGAUUUGGAGAGAAGGAUUUUUGUUGGGAAUUUGCCGACCUCCGACAUGCAAAAAAAGGAUCUGGAAGAACUGUUCAGCCCAUACGGGAAGGUAGUCGGUCAGUAAACGAGCACACCAAACAAACUGUCGAUUUUGUUUCAUGACAAUAACUUGAGUCAAGAUGGUGUAAAUGUCACAAAAGUUUUCAAAGUGAAGCUAAGUCAGUCUGAGUGAUGUCUUCUCAUGAAAUUGAAGCAUGUAAGCACUAUUUAAUAAUCAUUUCUCAAAGUAGGUUCAACCCAGAGUCUCAUUUUUCUCUGUUUGUGCAACUCAAAAUGUUCCUCUUCCAGGCGUGUCCCUUUUUCGUGGGUUUGGAUUUGUACAAUUUGAACACAUUGAGGAAGCCGAAGCUGCAAAGGCGGCCCAAAAGGGUCGAAUAUAUAAAAGUUAUAAAAUAGGUAAGCCUUAACUGCAGUGGUUGUGAUUGUCUGGCUAGGAGGAUAGUUUAAGAACUUAACCUGAAGAUAAUCUGGACAUAAAAAUGUCCUAAAAAAAAAAAAAAAAAAAAUCUAAAGUAAACUGUUUUAAGACGUUUUACUCUCUCUUUAUCUGCAGCGGAAGUUCAUGUAUCUCAGUUUGAGUUGUAUUCUUUAUUUGUUUUUGUUAAAAUUAAGUCCUGGCCUAAAAUGAACGUGUCACUCGGAUGACUUCAUACUUCAUAUAUCCAGUGUUUUAUCCACUGUUAAAGACUUUGUCAUCGAAAUGAACAUUAGUCUAGUACUCCUGAUGUUUUUGUCCGUUUCUCUUUGUAGACCUGUUACCUUAUUUGGCUUACAACGCAAAUAAAACUUUGCAAUCUGAUCUCUGGCAAAGCCUGACUAUUUGAACCGUACGUGUGUGGGAAUUUUCUUUAACGCUUGUUUUGGUGUGUUGCUUAAGUGGGCCACUUUUGCUUUUGGGUGUUCCUGAAAGCCAGAUUUCAAGCUUGCUAUAACGAAAACCUGUCCGAGCUAAGCCAUGUAGCCAAUUUUGAAGCGGAAGAAAGAAUUUCUUCAUCUCAGACUCGAUUUGACAGAUUUGGCAACUUGAUUCUCCUCCAGUUUGGAUUUUCGUCUCGGAUAUCGGAGUUACUUUCAUUUCCUGCUCAGUUUCAUUUGGAUCGUGGAAUUGUUUUCGCGGCCUCCAUUCUGCGUUUACGCAUAACCUGAUUUUACGUUCAUGUCACUGUUAUGUUCAACGUUUGGAUUGAUUUAUUUUCAGAUGUAAAUAUGGCAGUGGAGCGACGGCAAGCUAAACCUCAAUCCCAGCAGAGCCCCCCACGAAGGUAAAGUAACACGAAAUAGGUGUGAAGAACUACCCUCGCCUCUGUGAUGCUGGUAAAAAAAAAAAAAAGAUGGAUAAAAUGAUGUAAAGACGUACAACUGUGUCCUCGAAUAUCGCCUCUGUUACUGUUGGAGUAGUGGAUGGAAGCUGCCGAGUUUGAAAGCCUGGUUUAUACUUGUAUGUUGAAUCAAUGCUGUUUCAGAUGCUGGAUUUGUGUUCCCCUGAACCCCUGCAGCCCAUCGAUGGUUCUCUCAGAUUCACUCACAACGGCGUCUCUUGAACAAACGGAGAAUGUAGCAGGAUGGGAACUGUGGACGUGACAGUCGUAGAAAUCAUACUGCUGUCAGGGGUUCAGGCAGAGUGAUGUGGACGCUCACACUCACAAGUAUUUAGUGCUAAUGGUGGUUUUGGCGACUGCUUUGUGUAUUCAGCACAGAAGUAAAAACCAGGCUUUUGAUGGCUUUGUUAUCGUGAUUAGGAAAUCUAUUUUAUCACCAAUUAACAAAUCUAGAUCUGCUGAAAUAAAGAGAAGAGCCAUGAUUUAGAGUGUCUUUGUCUCAAAGGUUCUUGCUUCCUGGCAUUUCAGUGCUUCCGAAUUGCGAGUGAUGUCCGACGUUGAAUCUCAAAGCAUCAAGCGACUCUGAUGCUGAAGAAACGCUAGUCCUCUGUUGAUCAAACAGGUCCAUGUCCUCAAAUCACAGUUUUCUACAUGAAAACUGAGUUAAGCUCAAACUAAAGUGAGAAUGGGUUUGGAGAAACCUCGUAAAUUCUGGCGAAUCGGAUUCCAAACUUUUAUAUUCGUUUGAAAGAAUUUCCACCCAAAAGUUAAAUUUCUCAUACCUGCACUGUUGGUCGACGACUCUCUUCUAAUCCAAUGUCAUUUGAUGGUGAAUCGAUAACUUUCUUCGACUGCAACCACCUGAAGGAACCAAGAGUUGGAUGAAAACAGUACAAGUUACUAAUCCCACUUCAGUUAUUUAAAGAGUGAGAUUAAUAAUUAAUCUACAUCUGUCUGUCGUUGUAUCUCGGUCAAAGCAAACACGCUCUCUCUGGGCGUUUUCCGUCCGACUUUUUGCACCAUGGGUAAGAAGGUUCACGUAAAAAUAAAAUAAUAUUUCGUACAUGAAUCGAGCGCAGGUUGAAAAGGCUUUAACGGUUCCUUACUUGUGCACUUCAAAAUGGAAUUUAUCGUCAGUCGACCUCAAAUGGUCGACGUCUCCGUCCUGAACACUGAACACCAAGCGUUUUCAGAAGACCGUACACAAAGAAACCGUAACGGAUCGUCUCUUGGAUCGUUGUUUCCUCUUGCAUCCGUAAUCGCUCCUUUUGGUUGUAGUCGUGAUUUUUUUCAAUAAUGAAUGCAGAUUAAUCUACAUCGCCCAUCGUCCUGUUGUAGUAUUUCAUAGACAGUCUAAGCUUUGAACUUUCUUUGACUAAUUGAUGAUUUCCUCACAGGGCCCCGUACAGCAGCUACGGGGAUGGCAAAGAACCCCGACCUCGCUCACGCUCACCCGUUUAUGGGCGUGAAGGACGCGACAGCCGAGAUGGGCGCGAUUCACGUGAUGGACGGGAUUCACGUGAGCCUCGGGACAGCCGUGAAGGGAGGGAUUCAGGAAGGGACACUGGGAGGGAUCCGGGCAGGGAUCCGGGCAGAGACCCAGGCAGGGAUCCGGGCAGGGAUCCGGGCAGAGACCCAGGCAGGGAUCCAGGCAGGGACCUAGGCAGAGAACCGAGACCAAGCAGCCAUUCUCGUGACAAUGACUACCGAUACCGCAGCUCAGAGAGCCGAGACAAAGACCCCCGAGAGCCUGCGUACAGGUAACUACUAACACUCAGUGAAUAAUCUCGAUGCCCAGAGAAAGUGAUAAGAUAAUUGUCUGAACUGGAUCUAUUCUUCUGCAGUAGAGACGACUACGACCGUUAUUACCGGAGUGGCAGCGGGGCAGAUGAUUAUUACCGGAGGAAGGAGGAAUCCUACAGGGAUCCUUACAGAGAUCCCUGGAAUGGACGCCGUGAACCAGAAGGUAUGCUAACUCGGCAACCCACUUCUACUGGUCUACCAGUUUAACCACAUUAUUCAAACAAAUGGAUUAAAUCCAGACAAACAGUGCACAUAUUGAUCUUAUUUCACUGUCCUUACAGUAGAUGAUCGUGCUCGACCAGAAGAACGCCGGCGUAAUGAGUUGUAUCGCCAGUACUAUGAAGAACUGCAGAGGCGCUACGACUCUGACCGCCCUGUGGACUGCUCUGUGAUCGUCGUCAACAAAGCACAAAAGUAAGUCCACUCUCUGGUCUUUACAUGAAUCAAGAGAUGAAGAUACGUCUGUACAUACUCGGACAGUACACGGCAUGUUUUUAUUUCAUACCUCUCCUGUGUUUGUGUGUCUGCGUGUGUGUGUGUGUGUUCGCCUGUGUGUAUUUCUGCUUUGAAAACAACUGUAGGGAGUAUGCAGAGACGGUCGGGCGCAAAGUCCGUGAUCUCGGCAUGGUGGUGGAUUUGAUUUUCCUCAACACGGAGGUGUCACUCACCCAGGCACUGGAAGAUGUUGGCCGAGCACGCACCCCGUUCGCCAUCAUCAUUACCCAGCAGCACCAGGUCCACCGAUCUUGCACUGUCAACAUCUUGUUUGGCACACCUCAAGGUAAUAAAGGGCGAUAAUAUCCAUCUGCUGGAGUCCCUCUGAAAUAGACAAAGUGUUUCAAAUAUGGAGCUCUGUGUGGUUCAAACUCUGAGAUCUGUUGUGUUUUUGUUUUUGUAGAGCAUCGUAACAUGCCAAUGCAGGACGCUAUGAUGCUGGUUGCCCACAACUACGAUGCCUACAAAGUUGAAAACCGGGAAAAGGAGCGUGAGGAGAUUGCCAGAAAGGCUGCCAAGAUGGCAGACGAUGUGUUGCUAAGGGAGGCAGACAGAGAAAGUCAUCCAAUUUCUGUGCUCACCUCCAUCACACUGCUCUCUGAGAACAGGUAUCUAAAUUUACACCUCCAGCUUUUCCUUCUAUCGCUGUUUAUGCAAGUUUUAAAACUUGAAUUUUCAGUAUUUUUGCCUUUGGUGUUUCACCUUUUGUCCUGUGUUACUGGGUAGAUUUGUGACCCCCGAAGAACUGGACGGUCUUAUUGCAUACCUGAAGGAUAAAAGAGCCCGGCUGCUCCGAACUACUGCGGACCCUCUCGCAGGUAAGAAGAGGGAUUGUCCAAAUCCAGGAUCAGUCCAUUAUUUAACACUAAGCUACACAAACAUUUGAGCGGUAAACACUGGCUGCAGUGACUCCUCCUCAUAUCCAAACUGAUCCUGAAGAGAUGUUUGCCCAGGGGGGUUUCAGAGGUGGUUAUAUGCAAAAACAUCCUGCAGUGAGACUCAUCUUUAAUUUCUGCUGAGACUGGAAAGAUGGAGUUUUUUUUCCCUCUGGUGACGGUGGGACUUUCACUUGUGAAAAAGCUCUGUCGACUCUAUGAAGUUAGCACUGAAACUGAGAGACCCUCUUAAUUUGUCUAAGCCUGGUCUAACACUACAGUUCUAGGGCAGACCCAGGACCCAGUUUGCCAACCCGCAGUGAUUAGGAGAGCUUAAGCCUGAUUUGGGGCUUCUUGAGAGUGAUUAUUCCUCAAAUAAUCCCAGAGCGUGUGGUGUCAGCAUGAAUAUUUCAUUUCUCUGAUCUGAGCCAAAGCCUCCUCUUAAAACAGAAAAUAUUAGACAUGUUAAAUAUCGAUGAUUCCAGGUUGUACUGAUGCAAAGAAAAGGUGUUUGUGAGAACUUGUUAGUAUGUGGCUUAGCAGUCUUAGAAAGUUGUCUAAGUGGAUUGUAAUGUUAAAAGUCAGAUGUGUGUGUAACCUCUAAUGAUUUUAAAAUUGAUUAAAGAUGCCCAGCUCUGAUUACUGAAGCCUCUUUGAAGCUAAACUCAUAAUUUUAUUUUAAUGUUGAAUUUAAACACUGAAUAAUGUCUGAAUUUAACUCUGUAAUAAUGUCAAAGUUUUGAUGAGGAGAGUCAGACUUUAAAAAAACUAUUUGUGCAUCUCUGAGCAUGAACAGAAGUAUAAUUGUGUAUUUCUCCGUAAACUAUAAUGAAGUUUUUUUGAAGACCUGACAUUUGUAAUCCACUCUGUCAUUCUACAGCUUCUGGCCACGUUGCAGCUCCCCCAGCAGUUCACCAUGACAUUCCACCUCCCUCUGCAGUCCUGGCUCCUGCGUCCCAUUCUGCCCUCGCCCCCCAGCAGACCAGCCACCUCGGCCUCCCAGCUGCUGCGACAGUCUCUGCUAACCCCAACCAUCAGCAGGAGCUGCAGGCGAAGAUCCUCAGCCUGUUCAACAGUGGCUCCGGAGCGGCAGCAGCUCCAAGCUCCACUCCUCAGGCAGCAGCUUACGGCUCCCUCGGGCCGCCUCCUUCCCAGAACCAGCCGCCCCGCCCUGCCAUGACUGGCCCUCCUCCAUCUGCAAGUCAGGGUUACGGCGCUCCACCGGGCCGCAUGCCGGUUGCACAAGGCGGUCAGAGACCCCCGAGCACUGCUUCAGGAAUCAAUUUUGACAACCCAAGUGUACAGAAAGCACUUGACACCCUCAUUCAAAGUGGACCGUCUCUCAAUCAUCUGGUGGGCGCUACUGCCCCGCCACAGCAGCAGCCUCAAGGUCCCAGACCGGCACCCAACAUGAGCCAGGCCCCGCCUAUGUCUAUGUAUCCCCGACAUUAUUGAAGGGUUGUGUGAGUUAAUGAUGUUCUGUAAGGUCCACCUCCCCCUCUUCCCCUCACAAGUAGAUGCCCCACCAGUUUUCUGUGCAGUGAGUUUACCUGCUGUGUAAAGUUAGACUUUAGGAAUGUUUGUAAAAGCUUUUAAUUUUUUCUUUUACUCUGGAUGUUCUUCUUGGUUAAAUUUAAUGACCAGUUCAGACUAACUCAUGGUCUGUAUUUUUUUCCAUUAUGAAAUAAAAUAUAAUUCUCCAGUCUUCUUCUAUGUGAGAUCAACUAUAACGUGUGUGAACUACAGUUAAUUUUGAUUUUUGAAAGAGCCCGAAAUUCUUUUCCAACCAUGAACAGUUGUUUGUUUUAUAGUUUUGCACAGUGUCCUUUUUUAAUUUGUAACUUUUCAUUGUCAUAACGAGACGUAAUUAAAAACUCCAGACACAGUUUCUGUAAUAAAAUGGUAUUGGUUUAUUGCAUUUUGUGCUGAUAAAUCUAUAAAAUGAAACAGGAAUCGCCGGAAGCCAUGGAGAUAUGAGCAUUUACAACAUAGGAUAAAACUACUUUUUUCCUCAUUUUAAUGAACCAUGAAACACAGUAGAAAACAAUACUUUUUUUUUAUUUUAGAAUAUAACUUACAUUGACAGAAAAGAAACACGUCCACACCAACUUUUAUCAUAGUAUACCAUGAUAUUUUUAUCGGUCUAAACUGUUUUUUUUUAUUUGACAAACUAUUUUGUUUUUUGAGUUUUUUAAAGUUUUUUGACAAAAUAAAUUGUUGUCAUACUAUACUAUGACAUUUUUACCAUACUGUACUUGACAUCUUUAGACAAACUUAACUAUGACAGUUUUUCAUACUAAAGUUUGAAAUUUUCUAUCAUACUAUACUUUGACAUUUUCAACAUACUAUUCUAUUACAUUUAAAUCUAACUUAACCAUGACAGUUUUUUAUACUAAAAUUUGAAAUGUCAUGUCAUACUAUUCUAUGACAUAUUUUUUACAUACUAUUUUAUGACAUUUUAAUCAUACAAUCCUAUUACAUUUUUAUCAUACUAUACUAUGACAUCUCUAGCAUACUAUACUUUGACUUUUAUUAUAGUAAACUAUGACAUUUUUAUCUUGGGUUCUAUGAUAAUUUUAAAAUACUAUAUAUUGACAUACUUUUAACAUACUAUACUUUGACAUCUUUAUCAUACUACACUUUGACAUAUUUUUAACAAACUACUAUGAAAUUUUUUUCAUAGGAUACAAUGACAUUUUUUAAAUACUAUACAAUGACAUUUUCAUUAUAGUCUAGUAUGACAUAGAUUUUAAGAUACUAUACUAAGACUUUUUUAUCAUAGUAAACUGACAUUUUUAUCUUGGGUACUGUGACAAUUUUAUCAUAAUAUACUUUGACAUACUUUUUACAGACUGUACUGUGACAUUUGGAUCAUACUCUACAAUGACAUUUUUAACAAACUAUAGUAUGACAUUUUUAUCAAACAAUACUAUGACAUUUUUAUCAUAGGGUACGAUGACAUAUUUUUAUCAUAGGAUUCUAUUAUAAAUUUUUUAAAUACUUUUCUAUGACAUUUUCAUCAUACUUAGACAUAAGACAUAUUUUUAACAUACUAUACUAUAACAUUUUUAUCAUGCAAUACUAUUACAUUUUAAACUAACUUAACUCAGACAUUUUUUCAUACUAAAAUUUGAAAUUUUAUAUCAUAUUAUACUUUGACAUUUUAAACAUACUAUACUUUGACAUCUUUGAACAAACUGAACUAUGAUUUUUUUUUCAUACUCAAAUUUGAACAUUUUAUCAUACUAUACUUUGAUAGUUUUUAUCAUGUUUUAAAAAUUUUUACAGUAAAACUUUAAAUUUUUAUUAUAGGUUACUAUGACAUAUUUUUAACAUACUAUACUAUAACAUUUUUAUCAAAGGAUACUAUAACAUAUUUUUUUAAAUACUGCACUACGGCAUUUUCAUUAUACUUCACUAUGACAUGUAUUUUUUGAACAUACUAUACUAUGUACAAUUUAUCACAGGAUACUAUGACAUUUUUAUCUAUAGGUUCUAUAUCAAUUUUUUUCAUACUAUAAUUUGACAUACUUUUAACAUACUAUACUAUGACAUUUUUAUCAUUAUAUACUUUGACAAUUUUACCAUAGGAUACUAUGACAUUUGAAUCAUACUAUACUAUGACAUCUUCAUGAUACUAUACUAUGACGUAUUUUUAACAAACUAUACUAUGAUAUUUUCAUCAUAGGAUACUAUGACAUUUUUAUCUUGGGUUUUAUGACAAUUUUAUCAUACUAUAUCUUGACAUACUUUUAACAUACUAUACUAUGUACUUUUUUAUCACACUGUACUAUGACAUUGUAAAGUUUCUAAACUUUGACAUUUUUUUCAUACUUAAAUUUAAAAUGUUUAUCAUAGUAUACAUUGACAUUUUUACCACACUGUACUAUAAUAUUUUUUUUAUCUUACUAAUCCAUAAUAUUUUUGUUAUACUUUACCUUGAUAUAUUUAUCAUACUAUACUAUGACUUUUUUAUAUUAAAAAUUGAAAUUUAUUAAACAAUACUAUGACAUUUUUGCCAUAGUAUACUAUGACAUUUUUACCAUAGCAUACUGUAACAUCUUUUAACAAAAUAAAAUUUGAACAUUUUAUCAUACUAUACUUAAAUAUUUUAAUCAUAAUAUGCUAUAACUUUUUCCAAACUAAAACUUAAAAUUUUUAUCGUAGGAUACUAUGACAUUUUAUCGUACUAUACUAUGAUAUAUUUAUUUCACUUAACUUUGACAUAUUUUUAACAUACUAUACUGUGACAUUUUUAUCAUACUAUAUCACGAUAAUUUUAUUAUAGGAUACUAUCAUACGAUUCUAUGAUACUUUUGUCUUAUUUUCCUAUUAUUUUUUCAGACAAAAUUUUAAUUUUUUCAUCACAGUAUACAAUGACAUUUUUAGCAUACUAUUCUAUGAUAUAUUUAUUCCACUAAACUUCAACAUUUUUUUUCAUAAUAAAAUCUGUACAUUUCAACAUACUAUACUAUGACAUUUUUUAUCAUUGGAUCCUUUUUUUUCUUCAUCCUAAAAUGGGAAAUUUUUAUCAUUCUAUAUGAUGACAUUAUUAACAUACUAUACAAUGAUAUUUCUAUCAUACUAUACUAUGACUUCUUUCAUAUUCAAAUUUGAAACUUUAUCAUACUAUACUAUAAUAUUUUUAACACACUGAACUAUGACAUUUUUGCCAUUAUAAAAUUGGAAAUUUUUAUCACACUAUACUAUUACUUUUUUUCACACUCAAGUUUGAAAUUUUUAUCAUACUAUACUCAUCAUACUAUAGCUUCAGCUCCUGCAGCAGUUCACCAUGACAUUCCACCUCCCUCUGCAGUCCUGGCUCCUGCGUCCCAUUCUGCCCUCGCCCCCCAGCAGACCAGCCACCUCGGCCUUCCAGCUGCUACGACCGUCUCUGCUAACCCCAACCAUCAGCAGGAGCUGCAGGCGAAGAUCCUCAGCCUGUUCAACUCCAACCUCCACCUCAGGCAGCAGCUCACGCCUCCCUCGGGCCGAGCCGCCCCGCCCUGUCAUGACUGGAUUUUUGAUUUUUGAAGGAGCCCUUAUUUCUUUCCAAACCAUGAACAGAGUGUCCUUUUUUUAAUGUGUAACUUUUCAUUGUCAUAACGAGACAUGAUUAAAAACUCCAGACACAGUUUCUGUAAUAAAAUGGUAUUGGUUUAUUGCAUUUUGUGCUGACAAAUCUAUAAAAUGGAACGGGUAUCGCCAGAAGCCAUAGAGAUAUAAGCAUUUGAAAUGUAAGAUAAAACUACUUUUUCCUCUUUUUAAUGUACCAUGAAACACAAUAGAGAAUAAUACAUGUUUUUUUAUUUUAGAAUAUUGAACUUACACUGACACAAAAGAAACACCUCCACACUAACUGUAUUUGAUUUAUUUACAUGUAGCCCCCUCCCACCCCCGCCCCCAGCUGUUACAAGUGCACAUGUACACACAUACACACUCCCACAGAACUGAAAGAAACACACUACGGCUUUACCUUAAGACUAGGUACAGUUUCAAGGAAGAGUAAUGAACAGAUCUGAAUGAAAAAACAGUUUUUAAAGUACUGAAAUCUGAUACAGGUGUGUCUUUGUGUGUAUGCUGUAUAUAUAUCAUCAAUAUCUACAUCCAUUACACAUUUCAAGCAUCCAUACAAAAUGUAUCCCACAACUCCAGUGAAUUAAAAACAAACAGACAGGUGGAGCGGAUUGAAUUUUAAGGGGCCUUUAAAAAGUAGUUUUCUUAAUCGGAGCCAGUAACUUCCUUCAAUCUCUUUCGGUUACCUAGCAACGGUAUAAAAUAUAACUGAGGCAGAUCAGCCAAACGCUAUUUUUCAAACUCCAGUUCUCCAGAAUGAAUAAUAGAGAUAAAAACAAGCUCGACUUGGUAGGUAGAUUUCGUGGCGUUUUCACAAAGUUUGGCAAAGUCUUCGCUCUUUUUGUGCAAAGUCAGUUUAAAAAGAAAAAAAAAAAAAACACUCGACAACAGGUGUUGACUGAAAGAGGGCAGAUGUAAAACAGACACACUCCAAAUACUUUGGCACUCACUGUUUUUCUUUGUUUCAAACCACAUUUCCAAUCUUUGAAACAACGAACAGUUUGGACUUGUCUGUGUCUAAUUCACUGGAGCACACAUUUGCACACUAUCCUAUUUGUAGUUAACUGAAAUAGACUUUGGUACUCAGUUUAUCUGCAGAUAAUAUUUGACACAAUGAGAGGACCUUUUCAACAAAUCCACCAUAAAAAUAGAUUCUCGUACUAUCAGAAUAAUAUUCAUCUUGUAUCUAAUGAUUGGCCAGUCCUAAGGAAAGAGAAAUAAAAUCAUACUACUAAAAAAAAAAAGAUCUAACUGAUAUAAACAAAAUACUUUUAUACCACAAACACCCAAUAUAUUUUCAAUACACCUUGUUCAGGGUAGUUGCAUGCAUGCACUGAGUUACACAACAUAACUGGGAUCAGGCUCUGCUUGAAUUGCACGAGUAGUCACUUGGGUUCUUCCUAUCUGACUCCCAGAGAGACAGUCUAUGUGUCGUCAAUCAGGGUUCGGUCUUAUCGCAGCCACAGCCCUCUCUGCCUUCAUCUGGGUUUUUUGUUUUGUUUUCUCUGAACAGGACAGCCUCCUCAACCCGGUAACAGAUGUGUUUCAGAGCCCUUAAUAUCCACUUAAGGAUGGAGACUGGGGAAUGAUCACCGGCAGGUUUGUCUCAUGCUACAGUUGUGCAGGCGAAGGAUCUGAUCUGAACUGUCGAUCAGUGUCGAGGGUUCGGGUAAGGAAAGGGGAUGUGCUGGUUUUUCUAAGUCGACUACCUCUCCUCGUCCAAGCAGAGCCGGUACCAGAAUUGGAAGCGCGUGUUUUAUAUUCUUUGAUCAUUUUUCAGAAUUAUACUGCAAUCACAUUUAAAAUACAGAGCUGGGGUGGAUUCAGUGGCUGGGAUGGGAGAGGCCUGGGGAUUUUUUUUUGGGGGGGGUUAGGCAGAUGGGAUGAGGAGAGGGUUGGCGGGGGGGUGGAGGAGGGAUAUGGGGAAGGCUCACCUCACAGAUUGAGUGACAAGCACUAUAAAUUUAACAGUUACUAUUAUUCUUUUUAAGAACUUUUGGCAAGAGAAAGUAAAGAGUGAUCCAUGCUUUAAUGCGAGAAAAUGCUCAAAUGAUCAGAUGUAACGAAAAUCAGCAGGUAGUUUCUGUGUUAUUGCAGUUUCAAAACUGCUGCAAGCCGAUGGGAAAAUUGAUUCGUUUUCAAUUCGUCUGAAAUGUCAGACCGCCAUCGCUGGCUGUAAUACACUCCUGUGCCACCAGGGUUCACUGUGGGAUCAGUCUGCAGAGGGCGCACAGGCUCCUGCAGACUCCCCCCGGACACAGAUCCCCCUCUCAGUGUAAAGUGCUUCACCGUCUCAGCCACAUUUGGAAUGAACGCUAAAAAACUUUAUUGUCCAUAAGACCCGAUGACAAACAUUCUGAUGUAAUAGGUGACUGCUGACGCCUCUGUUUGUUAAUAAUAAGAAAAAAUAAAAACAAAAACAUGAAAAAAAAGAGACCAAUGUGAGAACAAUAUUGCACAUAAUCAUACAAAACUCUAAGACUUUGCCCACAGUGAUAGAACAGUGUACAACAAAAGACAACACUAGUAGGUUAUAGUGUCUCUGACAUUAGUGAGAUAUUUACAGAGGUGAAAUGACCCUCUCUGAGGCCCACUCAUUCGCAAACUCAAAGUCUCCUAUUACGUUACAUAAGACUACUUGAGCAAGAUUGAAAUAUAACAAGUAACAAUAUAGUGAACUCAUACUUUUUCUUAUUUUUUGCAGAAGACUUGUUUUCAAGGUGUAGCCCGCCGAGCGGCCGUCCCCAUCUGCGAUUCAGUGAGGACGUUUUCACCGCCGCCUUUCAUCGCCCCCGCUCUGCACCUUGAACAUGUAAGUCAUCACUAUAAGAAACCACUAAAACAAAUAUUGCCACGUAGUACCAUGCAAACAGCAAUUAUAAAACAUUUAUAAUUCAAUAAAUAAAUUCAUUUCCAAUAAACUUCUCCAGAUAUCUUCUCUUUUUUGAAUAAAUUUUUAAAAGGCUCAGUUGAUGCAGGCAAUGUUUGUGGAGACAAUCCCAAAAUAGCCGUGUUCUUCAAAAAACUGAUGUGAACUCUCGACGACCCCACUUUUUUUUUUUUUUUGUCGGAGAUACGAAAGAAAAUCUUCAACCCUUGGCACCCUAAAGUCUUUGAAAGCGAGAAGUGGCUGCUUUUGGAGAGUUAUAGGUAGACGUGUUAGAAAAAUUGACAUUUAGUAGAGAAACGAUAAUCUUAUCUAAAAGUGAAUUUGGAGUAAAAUCGAAAAGAAUCAUCUGGAAUCUUAAAAUUGCCUUGCUUUAAUUAGAAGUUUAUAAUUAAGUGUUUUUUCUUUUCUUAAUAAAAGGGUGGAGGAUUCGUCCUCAGGGAUAAUAUUGCAUCAAGAUAUUCAGUCGUUGUUUUUGAAUAAAACAGAAAGCUAACCCUGUUUGAGAUCACAGGCCAAAUGUUUUUUUUUUUUUGACAACCACCACCGCUGAUAUGUAUGUCUUUACCCUUUUCCACUCGAUCUUUAAUGUUGCUUUAGUCAUCUCUAUUUACAGUACAAAUAAAUCUAUUGAUACUAGCAGCAUUCACAACAUAUGAUCAGACAUUCAAGCAACACUAAAAACAUUGAAUAUGCUUUGUAAAUAGUUCUAGAAACUAGUUUGUUUUGCUUCCCUAUAUAGUAUAUACUGUAUGUAUAUAUUUAUAUAUACGCAUUUAUUUAUAUUCAUAUUUCUACUACAAGUGCAAAUGACCAAAAACAGUUUCCUCAAGAAAAGAAAUCAAAGUAAAGUGACAGCUGUCCUUGGUCAGAGUGAGAUGAUUCUGAGUAUCUUUUUUUUUUUAAAGACUUACGAAAUCUACAUAUACAAAAUAUAUGUGUAAAAAAAUAAAUAACAUGAUCACAUGAGUCCGGAUUUCCAACGAUUGCACAUUCCUUCCAAAAUGCACUUUUUUUUUAAAACCUAAAUAUGAUUUUGCUCACAAGUCAUUCAGUCAGGGAGGUGUGUGGCUCAAAUCUUAACCGAUCUAGAUGAUAUAAAAUCUGACUGAAGAGUCUACUGCAUAGAGUUCAGUCUGGUGGAGAAAGUGAGUUUUCCCAGCUACAGACGCCUUUCUCCUCUCCCUCCGAAUAUCACCGAUAAAUAAUCAAUCACUGCGUGUUCAGAACUCUCCGUCUGAACGUCUAAUCUUGCAUCAUCUGCAGGGUGAACAGUGUCCUCGCCGUCGACACCUCGGCUCUCUUCGCUCUCUUUAAAGUCAAGCCGUAGAAUUUUUUGUUCACCAUUUCUCUUG